AUGGAACUAUCUGAUGACACAGUCAACUCGACAGUUUUAAAUGUGUCGGAUCAAAAAGUUAUUUCUGAUGGUCAAUUUAUUCUUUUCAUUGAGAUUUUCAGCAUUGUAUGCAGCAGCGUCUCUCUCUUGGGGAGCUUCGGUAACGUCGUGGUCAUCAGGACGUUUAAAUACAUGGGCCUAAAAGACGGCGUGACUCUGUCUUUCAUCUUUCUAGCAGCUUCGGAUUUGGCUUACUUGUUAACUAUCGCUUCUCAGGCUGCCUCCUUGGGCUUGCAUGGGGUAGAAAAAAAGAAUCAAUUAACAGUUUUCUACUCUGUCGACCCAUUUGGGAUCUACAUCUUUCUGACUAAUUUGGGAAUCAUGAUAUACCUCAUGACUGUGCUAGUUACCACCUUUCUGGCCAUAGCACGUUGCCUGUGCGUCGCCAUACCAUUGAAGUUCAAAAACUGGUUUAGUAAAAAGACGUCUGUAGUUUUCUUUGUUGCUUUCUGCAUCGUCUCCAUAGUGACCUACAUUCCGGUAUUGAUAUACAUGAAGAUGAUUAAAGCUUAUGACACACGGGUGAACGCAACCAGAUACGUCUUGUGGAUUUCACCCAAGCGGGAAGAGAUCAAGCAAGCCGUGUGGAUUUCCAGAGAUGUUUUUGUCACAUUCUUCACGCAGCUAGUGGUCAUCGCCUGCGUCGUUAUCCUGACCAGAAGCCUACGCACUGCCUCCAAAUUUCGUCAAACUUCAGCUGCCUACUCGUUGCGGCAAAGGCUUGAUCGCCAAGUUACAAUUUUCACAACAGAAACGCAGGCUAGUUUGAAAGGAUCUGGUCAAAGUCAGAAGCACCUCAAUGCCAGAAGCGAUAGUUUCACAUCGGUCAGCGCAAGUAAUCAUAAAGUGGAGCGGCUGUCGUCCAAAGACAUCUCCGUGGUGCAGCAGGUGGUUCUCAUCUCCACGGUGUACAUCGUGUGUAACAUGCCAAAGAUCUGUAUCGACGUGACGGGCAUGUUCGUGCCGGAGUUUACACUUGGUAAGAGCUACCAGAACUUGUACCUCGCCUUCAUCUGUGUCAUGGAAAUAUUCCAACUUUUUAACUCCAGCAUCGGCAUCUUUAUUUACUAUAAUUACAACACCAAGUUCAGAAAAAACUGCAUGUUAUUUAUAUAG